AUGAAGGUGGGUGACACAGGUUACCUCAAACUGGCUGAUGCCAACCUCGAUCCAGAAUGGCGCCAAGGUGUCAUCGUCGAUCGCAGCGCUGCUGGCGCACUCAAACUUGCCGUCAGAAUCACAACAGAGGAACGUCAACACUGUGCGGCUUACUUCGGCUUCGAAGCCGGCAGGCGGUCGUUCAUUCUGGUAACAGGCAGUGCCCAGCAGAUCGUUUCGACAUGCCCCGAGCACCACCUGGCUCUCGAGAUGAAAGCAUCCAAGCUAGUGGAACAAGCAAGUUCGUUUUUGGCAAGUUGCCCUGCAGACACCAACGAGGAACAGAUGUUUGCUACAGCUUCAGAAGACGUAGACAACCCCAACAAGCCAACCGCGACUCGCGACCAGAGCAAGUCACGCCACCAGUCCCUGCUCGACUUCGAGGACGGGGAGGACGACCUGUCUUCGAGUGCUGCUUCAGGAGACGAAGACCCGCUGAACGUGCUGCUGAGAGCACAAAAGAAACUUCGCGAUUCUUCUACAGGCAGAGGCAAAGCCAGCGUUGCUGCAACACUGGACGAGGGCAGGAAGGGCCGAAACCGGUACCCUCUGCUUUCGAAAGGGAGCAGCCGCAAGAAAGAAGAAGACCACCAGGACUUGGACUUGCGGGUGGCUCUGCAAGCUGCGUCUACGGCAACGGGCUCGAAGCAAAGCACAGAGGACCCUUUGAAGACGCUUCUGGCGCUAAAGAUGCUGGAGACGUUCAAGCCAAAGAAGAAGACUCGCAGAAGGAGCCCGUCCAGUUCAGUCACAAGUCGGAGUUCCAGCUCUGGGGCUCGAGACAGCCGCUCUACUGGAGACAAGGGUGCCGCCCAGGCUCUCAGGCAGUACCACGAGUCAAAGCGACGCAUGUUCAAGCGCCCUCUGAAGCAUGUGAGACGCUACCUGAAGGAGGUAGAAGAGCAGCUGGGCGGAGGGGACGACGUUCCGUAUCGCCUGGUGGACUACACUCGCAAGAUCUACUGGGGCAAGCAGCGGACCCUGCAAAGGUUCCAUGUCCUGCUCCACGAGAUCUUGCGCCUCAUGCUGAUGAACCGCUUCGAGGAGGCGGCGCUUCAGACGGUACUCAGUCUGCGAGCAGUGCACCAGUGCAGCCUCGACAACGGAAGGUGGGACUUGGCUUGGUUGCUCACCCACGUGGAGGACCCUUUUCAGAGAAGACGUUGGGGUGGCGAAACUCAAGAGGUCGAGGUCGUUGCAGCUUACGUCAAGGCGCUGGAGGACCUGGAAAAGAAGACUCGUCAGACCCGCUUCUUCGGCGACGGAACGCAGCAGGCGGAGGAAGAGGAGCAAGCCGAGGACAAGUCCAACAAGGGGAGAGCAAAAGGAGCCAAGGGCGGACCAAAGGGCCAGCCCAGCCCCUGA